UUGAAAAAAAUCCAAGACAUGGGUUGUCUCUUUCUCUUGCAAAACAUCCCAAGAAUUCUAACAAUGUUUCAGGCUGCAUUCCUCUUGUUUUCUUUAGUUAACAUUCCAAUUUGUGUGGAAGCAAGAGUCCUUAACCUUACAUUUGAAGUAUCAUAUCAGUUCAAGUAUCUUGAUUGCUAUAAGAAGCUUUCUAUUGCCAUUAAUGGAAUGACUCCAGGGCCAACAAUCAGUGCAGUGCAAGGAGAUACAGUUAUCGUCAAUGUUAUUAACAACUUGGUAAUGGAAAAUGUUGCCAUUCAUUGGCAUGGUAUUCGCCAGAUAGGAACACCAUGGAGUGAUGGAACAGAUUCAGUAACUCAAUGUGCAACAAUGCCUGGAGAUACCUUUACCUACAAAUUUGUCGUUGAUAGGCCAGGGACAUAUAUGUAUCAUUCACAUUAUGGAAUGCAAAGAGAAGCAGGACUCUACGGAUUAAUCAGAGUAUCACUUCCGAAAGAACAAUCAGAACCUUUCCCUUUCCCUUACGAUUAUGAUCGAGAAAUUAUCCUCAGUGAUUGGUACCACGAUACUCCUUAUGAACAAGCCACAAACUUAUCUUCAAUACCCUUUCAGUGGAUUGGAGAGCCUCAGUCACUUUUGAUCAAUGGAAGAGGAAAGUACAAUUGUUCUCUCUUGGGUUCAAGUGUAGGCCCUGAAAUUUGUAAUGCAACCAAUCCUUUAUGUUCUCCUGCUGUAUUAACUGUAAUCCCUGGAAAAACAUAUCGUUACAGGAUUGCUAGCUUGACUUCAUUGUCUUCCUUCAGUUUCCAAAUAGAGGGCCAUAACAUGACGGUGGUUGAAGCUGACGGAACAUACGUCGAUUCAUUUAUAACCCAAAACUUAUACAUAUACUCAGGCGAAACAUACUCUGUUUUAGUCAACGCAACUCAAGACCCAACAAGGAACUAUUGGGCAACAAUUAAUGUGGUUGCUCGAAAACCAUCCACUCCAAAUGGAUUAGCCAUUUUUAACUAUUACCCAAAUCAUUUCCACAAAUUACCUCCCACACCACCACCACCUGGACCCAUCUGGAACGACACCGCUUCACAAGUCAAACAAAGCCUCGCCAUUAAAGCUCUCAGAGGUCAUGUAGAACCACCACCUAAUACAACAGAUAGAGUAAUUACACUUUUGAAUACACAAAACACAAUCAACGGUAAUUACCGUUGGUCGUUAAACAAUGUUUCUCAUUCUUUACCUAGUACACCAUAUCUAAUUGCAUUAAAGAGAAACUUGACUGAUGCUUUUGACCAAAGUCAACCUCCAGAAGAUUAUGACCCAAGUUAUGAUAUUUAUAGUGUUCCUAAGAACCCAAAUGCUACUUCUAGUUCAUCAAUUUAUAGGCUAAAAUUCAAUUCAACGGUCGAUAUUAUACUACAAAAUGCAAAUACUUUGACUGAAAAUAGUAGUGAGACACAUCCGUGGCAUCUUCACGGACAUGAUUUUUGGGUGUUGGGUUUUGGGGAUGGAAAGUUUAAUAGUACAGGUGAUGUGAAGUAUAAUCUGGAUAAUCCUAUAAUGAAGAAUACGGUGCCGCUUUACCCUUAUGGAUGGACUGCUUUGAGGUUUAGAGCUGAUAAUCCUGGCAUUUGGCUCUUUCAUUGCCAUAUUGAGUCUCAUUUUUAUUUGGGUAUGUUGGCUUUGUUUGAAUCAGGAUCCGAAAUGGUUGCGGAUCCUCCACAAGCUAAUAUGGGUUGUGGAGAAACCAAACGUUUCAUUAAUAGUACACUUGGUUGACAGAGUUGUAGGAACUCAGGAUUUAGAUAUGCAUUUCUUUUUUAAAGUAGUUUCAUGUUAAAUUUUUUUAAAAUAAUUGUAAUGAUAUGCUUGAUUAUGAUUUAUGAGUAAU